AUGUCUUACCUUUUGACAUCUUCCAUCUUUGCAAAUUUAUUCAUCUCAUCUGUCCUCGGCGUUGUUGUGCUCGCGAUUGCUACGUGGUUUACCACCUAUGAAUUUGUGGUGGGAGUCCAAUCACAAAGCCUCGAACUCGUUGCGACCAUCAAGGCUAGCCAGAUUGCCUCCAAUUUGGACCUCCUCGAGACCACCUGCAAGACCAUCGCUACCCGCAUUCUGAUCCAAUCAGCCCUGAAACGCUAUUAUGCGGGCAAUAACACCGACGCAAAUUGGGUGACUUCGAUCGCCGAUGCCCAAUCUGCGCUUGGAAGUCGGGGAUACUUGAGCCUCUACCAGGCCAUCAUCUAUUCCAAAGAUGGACAAGGAGGCAGCGAGACAUUGCUCAACGUGACGAGUGACACAGUCCCGGACAUCACGCUUCCAUAUACGUAUCCGAAUGGGAGCUCUGUGAUGCUGGGCAAUGACGGGAUAGGCUACCCACCCUCGCUCUAUCCGAAUCUUACCUACCACGGCGCGUCGGGCGACAAUGGGUCAACAAAUGCCUAUGCAUUCUCCGACUAUAUCCUUGGAUUAGACUCGGCAUUGCUCCUUGGGCCCCUAAAAGUUAAUUCUUCCUUCUCACUCAUCUCCUUAACUCUGCCGAUCGUCAACAACACCUCCAACACUGAUAUUCUGGGAUUUGUGACUAUCGUCGCCAGUGCCGCAAAUCUACAGAGUGUCGUGAGCUCGCGGGAUGGUUUGGGGAAUACCGGACAAGUGCUUCUAUUAGGGCCGUUGCAACCGGAAAACACCUUCGUCGCCAGUGCCCAACCUGCAACAGUCACAUCUGCCCCUCACGCGGCGGCACUUGGUGCAGCGCAGGUCCACUACGUUUUCGAGCCCUCCCCCCUGCCCAGCCAGGUUAGCCGACACAAUGGGAUGUCGACCGAUACACCAUUUGUACUCUCCACGUACCCCAUAGCGUUGAGGGUCAUGUUACAAUCAUACGAGAGCAAAGCUAUCAGCCAAUUGUCAACUAAGAAUGAGCGAGGAGUCAACGUGGCGGUAGGGGCGGUGCGUCCUCAAAAUAGCCUUGCUCAGUGGAUUCUUCUUGUAGAGAAAACACACUCCGAAUCCUUCGCUCCCAUUCUUCGGCUACGAAAGAUUAUCCUCGCGUGCGUGUUUGGUACAGCUGGCGCAAUUAUCCUCGUUGUCCCUAUCUUGACUCACUGGGCGGUUGCUCCUAUCCGAAGAUUGCGUGAGGCCGCGAAGAAGUCGGUCGAGCCUGAGAUGGCGCCACCGCCUGCUCCCCGCAGCCCACAGAGAACAUAUCCAGGCAUGGACGAUGGACUGAUGGAUCCGGUUGAGCAAAUCGAAGAACACAUGAGCGAGAAGGGGUCUCCCUCCACGUGGGUGAAGCGUCUCCGGAAUCCCCUGAGGAGGCCGAACAGUUCCGCCAGCGUUGGCAACCCCCCAAACCCUCGCAGGUUUCAGAUACCUGGGAGGAUCAAGGAACGGAACCAUUGUGUGACGGAUGAACUCACAGAGCUUACCAAAACGUUCAACGAGAUGUCAGACGAAUUAACAAUUCAGUACAAUCGACUGGAAGAGCGAGUGGCUGAGCGGACCCGAGAGCUCGAAAAGGCCAAACUGGCAGCAGAGACAGCCAACGAGAGCAAAACGUUGUUCAUCGCCAACAUUUCUCAUGAGCUCAAGACUCCUCUCAAUGGAAUCCUUGGCAUGUGUGCAGUGUGUAUGGGCGAGGAGGACCUUUCUCGAAUCAAAAAGUCUCUGCAGGUGGUCUAUCAAUCAGGGGAUCUCCUUUUGCACCUUUUGAAUGAUUUACUCACCUUCAGCAAAAAUCAAAUCGAUCAAGCAAUCCAGAUUGAAGAAAAGGAAUUUAAGUUAUCCGACAUCCGAUCACAAUUGUCCAUUAUCUUCCAGAAUCAAGUGCAUGAGAAGCAUAUCGACUUCAGUGUUAACCUUGUCUCUGGUGGAAUCACCGAGCCUAAGGGCACUGUUUGCCGUGAAACCUCAUUUGAACAAUCUAGUCUAGCUUUCGGACUGCCUGCACCCGGCCGACUCGCAGAUAUGGUUCUAUGGGGUGACCAGCAUCGAAUCCUUCAGGUGCUCAUCAAUUUGGUCAGCAACAGUCUCAAGUUCACGCCCGAGCAUGGAAAAGUGGAAGUCCAUAUCCGUUGUAUUGAUGACUCUCCCAGCGAUGGGAUUCCCGUAACUAUCAAAGAUCGAACUCGACGUAACUCAAGAUUCCGGUCCCCGACGGCCUCGAGUACAACCUCAUCCAUUGGUCCUAGAACUCACGCAAAUGAUGCCCAAUCCGAGGGCCAGAAUAUGAUGCAACCUAAUCUCCGCCAGGUGAAUUUUGAAUUUGAAGUUCAUGAUAAUGGACCGGGCAUUCCUGCACAUUUGCAUCGACGUAUAUUUGAUCCUUUUGUUCAAGGCGAUCUCGGAUUGAAUCGGAAGUAUGGAGGAACUGGCCUGGGCUUGAGCAUUUGUGCUCAGUUGUCCCGCAUCAUGGGUGGUGUUAUUCUUCUUGAUAGCGAGGAGGGCAAAGGAUCUCUCUUCACACUCAAAAUUCCCCUUGGAUUUGUGAGAGAGCUCGCCCCUAGCACACAUACAUCAAGCAUUCCAGGAUCCCGGACCUCCAGCGUCCUGUCUCUGGAAGACUUUUCCAACACCGCGCGGACACCCUCCAAUCAUGGGUCCGUGCGGAACGAACCUCAUGCACCUGGCUUUGAGAAGUCGGAGAUCCAACCACGCCUGGUCGGACUAAGUCAACCUUUUUUCGCACCGGCUGUGCUUUCAUCUCCUGCACCGCCGCUAUCAACAAACCUCCCGUCAAAUCAAACUACCGCAAAGAAUGGCGACGGAUCAAAAAGGAUUCGUGUUUUGGUUGCCGAGGACAACACUGUUAAUCAAGAAGUCGUUCGACGCAUGCUUGCCUUGGAGGAAGUUUAUGAUGUAACAAUUGUGAAGGAUGGCCAGGAGGCAUAUGACACCGUCAAGUCGAACAUGGAGAAAGGCGCAGUCUUUGACCUUAUAUUCAUGGACAUUCAGAUGCCUAUUCUCGAUGGACUCGAAAGCACGCGACUGAUACGGCAGAUGGGAUAUUCUGCACCCAUUAUCGCACUAAGUGCCUUUGCGGAAGAAAGCAACAUCAAAGACUGCAUGGACUCUGGCAUGGACAUGUUCAUAAGCAAACCAAUUCGACGACCUGCUUUGAAGCAGGUUCUAAGCAAAUUUUCUACAAUCAUGGAGGAGAACGAAACGGCCUGGUAA